AUGUCAGAUAAAUUAAAAGCAACUAAAAAAGCAGAAGCUGAUGCUUAUAAAAAAGAAGGUGAUAAAUUAUCAAAAACAACACUUUUAAGAUGGAAAGCAGAUUGGGAUGGUGCAGCAAUUGUUUAUGAAAAAGCUGCUAAUGGAUAUAGAGCAGCAAAGGUUUAUGACGAUGCAAAAUAUUGUUUUUUAAGAUUAUCAUUAUGUCAAACUAAUACAGAUGUUUAUUUCCUUGCUGCUAAAAGUAUGGAAAAUGCCGCAGCUAUGGCAAAAGAAAUGGGUGAUACUAAAGAAUGUGUUAACCUUUUAUUAGAAUCAUGUAAACUUUAUAGAACAAAUGGCAACAGUUUUCAAGCUGCUGAUAAUAUGACAAAGGCAGCAAAACUUUUAGAAGAUAUUGAUAUAAAUAAAACAUUCGAAUUAUUAAAGGAUGCAUGCGAAUUGUUUGAAUUGGACGAUAAAGAUCAUUUCUCAGGCGAUACAUUUAAACAAACAAUUUCAUUAUUAUUAAAACACAAGAAAUAUGAAGAAGCAAUCGACUUGAUGAUUUUACAAAAUAGAGUUUUUAUAAAAUUAAAUCAAAAUCACGAUCUCCAUAAAAGCUGUCUUAGUGUCAUCGCUAUUUCAUUAGCAACUGAUGAUAUUGUUGGUGCCAAAAAGAAAUAUGACCAAUUUUUAGAUUAUCCAAGUUUUCUUCACAGCCAAGAAGGUACAACAGCUGCUGAAUUAAUCAAUGCCUUUGACAAUCAUGAUGCUGAAGGUGUUAAAAACAUCGUUUCAAGACAUCUUUUUAAUUUCUUAGAUAAUCAAGUCGCCAAAAUUGCUAAAGGUUUAUCAAUUAAUAGCAAUUCACUCCAACCAACUAUUAAAUCAGCUUCAUCAAAUCCAUUUUCAAAUACUACUACCACUCCUUCAUAUAAUAAAAAUAAUAAUACUACCUCAACUCCAGUUCCAACUUCAACUUCAACUCCAACUCCAACUCCAGACAAUAAUAGUGACAGCGAUGAGAGUGACGAAGAUGUUUUAUAAAUUAUAAAUAUUUAAAAUUCUAAUAAAUAUAAAUUAUUUUUUUUGAACAUUU